AUGUACGAUUUUUCAAAUCUUCUGCUGAACAUUUGGCAAUGUUGCUUCAUCGCACCGGUCACGCGACAGUCGGAUGGCAAUGGCGGCAACAAAAAAUACGUGUUCAGCACCGUGUGGUACGUGGCGAACUUGGUCGUGUUGUGCGGGUGUUUGGUGAUCGGCGUGUGGGCCAUGUCGGACGACAUGCACGCGUCAAAAGUGGGCCGGUCGUUGCGGAUGAAGAACACCUCGUCGGCGGUGGUGACCGUGUUGCAAGUGACGUUGAUGUCGAUGGUGUGCGCGGUGGCAGUGGUGAGAUCGGCAGGCCGGCACCGCACGCUGCUGGAAAUCGGCCGGCAGCUGAGGAGCGCGGACGCCGUGCUGGGCCCGUCGGCCGGCCAGCCGGUGGUGAUCCGGUGCGCGUUCGUACUGGUCACUUUCCACGCCGUCCUGUUCGUCGUGGACGGUUUGUUGUGGUAUUCACGUUGCUCGACCAGCUGGAUGUACACGGUAUGUUACGUGUACUCGUUCGUCGAUCUAUCGUCCAUGCUCAUGUUCGCGCAGAUCGCCUGGUGCAUCGGCACCAGGUUUCAGGCCAUCAACGAGGUGAUCGAGCGGAAACUCGUGGCCGUGGGAUCCCGGCAUCAGAAGAAGAGCAACUUGGCCCGUUGCGGCGGCGGCCGUUCCGCGCGUCAGCGCUCACAACGGAUUUCCGGAAAAUGUGCGGCCACCACCAUGUCCAUUACCACUACACCGAUUAUGUCCGACAACGAUUACAACACGAGUGAGUGUUUAAAUUAUUUAUAGACCUUAACAGAUUAUGAAUGAAAUCCAUAAAUGUAUAAACCGAAUAGGUGAAUUAUAAGUAUGUACCCUAAGAGGGUAGCCGUAGCAUAGGUGCGGCUUCGAUAGUUGACACAAUUAGAGAAAAAAAUACUGAAAUUGUUUGGGUGUGUCAUGGGGUGAGAUGAAGCAGCAAGAAUUGUAAUAAAAAUAAACGUACGAAGAAAUAAGGGAAGAGGAAAACCAAAAAAGAGGUGGUUGCGUUUGAGAAUGAUGUCAAAUUACGGCCAGUGUAUGUGAGGAUGAUGUGGGAGAUCAGAUCAAAUGGAAGUUUAAGAUCAGAAUGGCUGACCCUAAAUAUUUAGGAUGAAGAAGGAGAAGAAAAUUUGUAGUAUCUUCUUCUCCUUCGUAUAGAUACUACGAGUGUUAUAAUUUAUAAUUAGGUAUCUGAUCAAUCGUAAAUCGAACUCUGAACGUAUUAUAUUAUGUUGCCUAGUGCAGGUGUUCAUAAAUAAACCAUGCACUCCAAUGAAUUUUUCGGUCCGGUUCUUAGGAAAACGAAAAUUUCGGUUAAAUUAAUUAUUAUAAAACUAGUUCCUAUAUAAAUAUAUCAAGUUUAAUUUUGUAAUUCAAGUCAGAACUAUAUUUAUUAUAAAGUAAGAAACGGAAAAAACCAAACUUAUUAAUCAUUUCAAUAAUUCAUCGACCCGAAAUUGCAUCAUCUAUAUUUUCACACCACCUUCCCCCCAUAUAACAAAUAGUUUCUGCGCCUCCGAGGUCCAUGAAGGAGUUACAAAGGCAUAUGUCUUAUAUUAAGUAGGGAGGUAAUUAUGGUGAUGGAUAGAGGAGAAGCACGGUGGGCAAGAAUAGAUAGUAGAUUAUUCAACUCGUGUAAGAUAUAAAACCAAAGAAAAAUAAUUGUAAUAUUAUAUAAAUUAAAUUAAAUGUGUACCCAUAGGCGUUGUAUUUCUGUAUAUUUUUAUCUAAUUUUUACUCAGAUUUCAAAAACAUUUCCAUCGCCAAAUUACAAAAAUUCCACUGGAGCUUCUGCAACAGUAUCAAAAUGGUCAACGAUCAAUUCGGCUGGCAAUUAUUUUUACAACUGUUCUGCAAUUGCGUGCAACUAAUCGUAACACCGUAUUUUUUGAUCAUGGAUCUAUUUUAUCCGAUGCUUUAUGGUUCCUCAACUACAGACAUCAAAUUCAUUCUGAUCCAAGUCGUCUGGGUACUGACCCAUCUGUCUCAUUUAUUAUUACUCGUGUUGCCCACAUCUUAUGCUACAAAAAAAGUAUAAAUGAACAAUUUUUAAAUAUUUACACAAGAAACCGGAACAAAUCGGUAUAAAUCUAAGACUUUUUGUAAUAUUUCACAGGGUGAAAGAACUGCAGUGAUCAUAUGCAAAUAUUUGACUCUUGACGUCGAACCAGAUGAUAUGAAACAGGUAUUUAAACAAACAAUGUUGGUACACACAAAUUAUUCUUCAUUUUUGAAAAUAUUCAAUUCGAUAUUAUAAUACACUUGCAAUACCUAUAUGAGUUUUAAGAUAUAUUAUAUCUUAAGUCAUAAUAUACAACUUACAUUUCACAAUAUAAGUAGCAAUAUUAGAUUGAUUAAUUAUUACAAACAGCUAUAAUGUAUUACUGUAACUUUGUCAGUUUUAAAUAUUACAUCGGUUAUUUACUCAAAAGUUUUUCUUUUUGGUAUAAUAUUUUUUCAGUUAGAAAUAUUUGUCCUUCAGUUGCAUAAAUACGCGAUCGAUUUUACAGCGUGUGGAAUCAUAAAUUUGCAUCGGUCUACUAUAACAACGGUAAAUAUAAUAUAUUAUUACAAUUCACUGUGUUUUUUUUUUUUAUUUUGAAGACGCGUUUGGAAACGUUUUAUAACUAUUAGAUUUACAUAUUAUAUACGGCAUUAGUUAUAGGUACCUACGUAUUAGUGUAGUCAUGUGAACACAGAAAAUAUUAGAUUUUACUUUCGUUUUAUUUCAAUAAAAUAUUAUGUGGUUUUGGAUUUGGUUAACUUUAACAUUAACUAUUUAAAAUUUUCUUGUUAUAAUAUUAUAGCUUUACGUUCAACGUCCAAUACAUAGUACAAACGAAUUUAUAAUUUAUAGUUGGUAAUAAUCAUAAAUAAUUAUAAAUUAUAAUAUGAUUAUGACGUGAGUCAUGGGCGUGUGCGCGGGGUUUAUGCAUAGUAUACAUUACAUCUGUAUAAUGUAUUAUCAAUGUAGGUAUAGAUUCAUCCUAUUAAAAAGUCUAUUUUUUUUUUCAUCAAUGAACUCGUAUUAUUAUUUUAUUGAUAAACAGGAAUUACAAUGUCGGUUUCUAUCUCCAUAUAUUAUUAUAUAAUAGAUAUGAAUUUAUUUAACAUAUAUUAUAAUAUAUAGGCCGUAUUGGUACUUACAUAUUAUUUGAGUUUAAUUUGUAGGUAUCUAUUUAAUAAUUUUAAAAAUAUAUUGAUAUACCUAUUUUUAUUUCGAGGGAAGAUGGGCUUAAGUCAAUUUUGUUUAGUUAUCAAUGCAAACAAAUUCUAUUUUGAAAUACAUACACUCAUGUCAUUUAGAUCAAAAACUAAAAGGGUAACAAAUAAUAUAAGAUAAAAAAAAUACGAAAAAUUGUGUUAAGCCCUCGCUGGGACCAACGAUAUUAUUUAUUGGUUUAUUAAACCACAAAUAUAAAAGUGUAUAUAACUUACUAUUUAUUUAUUUAUUCGAUAUAUUCAAUUUGUUCUUUUACGACUAAAUUGUCGUGUUUCGCUCAUAUUGAUUUUUCACAUUUUUUUUUCGCUCACAAAUCCACUUUUUCGUCCAGAAUAACUCCCAUCACCGAGUUAAAAACGGUAUUUGCGCCCAUUUUAUAUGUAUUUGUAUUAGAUAAUAAUUGCAUUAAUAAUUAUUUCAGAUUAUCGGUUCUGCAAUUACGUAUUUGGUAAUUUUAAUCCAAUUUAAAAACUCAGACUAGAAAAUCGACGAUACAAUAUUAUGACGUAUAGGAUUAUAGUAUAACAGACGUGAAGGCGUUUCACAAUGAUUGGACAGUGGACACAUUAUAUACAUCACAAAUAACAUUAUAAUAUAAGUAUACUUAUUAUUUGACAAGUAAAUUACGUAUAGUGUCGUACAUAUAAUACUAUUAUUAUAGGAGAAUACCUAUCUAUAAAUAGGUAUUAUUUGUUUAAAAUCAUAAAUAUUGUAUAAGUUUACUGUUUGUAUAAUUUAUUAAAUUUCAAGUCUAUACUGCAAGGGUAAAUCGUUUAAACUUGUUAUUUGUUACGUUUCCGACGAGGUUACUGUUCCGGAAACGUCAUAUGAAGGGCACUGUGUUAAAACGCGAUAACUCCUUUCAAAACUUUCCAAGAGACAAAAUAAAAAUUGCGUUUUAAAAACAUUGAGUGAACGAUACAUUCGAAUACCAUUUAAGUUCCUCGGAUCGUGAUAAUUGUAAUGGAGAACCGUCUGGUAUAGUUUUUAUUUUAUUUGCACUGUUUAAAAAUAAUUCAAAUUGCGCGGAGUUACCUGCCUUUUUGCCGCCCAGAUUUAGUGACUUAAGUACAUAUAUUAUAUUAUAUUUUAUUGAAAAUAUAUAUCACAAAUAGUAUUCUUUUCGAAUUUUAGUGAGUAAAUUUGUAUUCUAAUACCUAAUAGUAUUUAGUUUUAAAAAAAAAAUAAUCAUAAAUAAAUAAUUAAUAAUCUUUCACAUUUAUUUUAUAUCUCUAGUUAGGUAAAUAGGUUAUAUAUUUCGGAGCUAUCAUAUUCUUUUUACUGAUGAAAAACCAGAUAGUUGCAAAUAUGUUUUAAAAACGUUAAAAAUAAAACAUAAAUAUCUCCUAUAGUACGGAUUGUUGUAAUUGUCUCGUUCUUAUACAGAUACCUAUUAUAUACGUGCAGUGGUGGAUCUAGAAUAUUUUUAUGGGAGAUGCUAUUGUGCUAUUAUUUUCUGUAUAGUCCAUUUUGAUUAUGUGACCUUUUUUUUUGUCCCAAAAAAAUUAAUGUGUUUAGUAUUUAAAAAGAUAAUCAUGAAUGGAAACUUUAAAAACACACAUUUAAAACAAAUUCCUUUAUUUUAAAAGAAUAAUCUUCUCUGUAAUAAUAAUAAUAAAAAAAUAAAUUUUUUAAAUGAAAAAUUAACAUUCUAUCAAAUAUUCAUUAUAAUUGAUAAACAAAAAAUCAAAAAAAAAUUAUUUGGCCAUUUUGACCAUUUUGUCCAUCCUUCUCUUUUUUUCGCACGAAUGUGACAAUAACUUGGUUUAUGUCUAUCUGUUACACACUAUCUGUUAGUGUAUGUUUAAGACGGUCAAGCCGUUAAGACGUAAUUCAGGAGUAGUGGAUCGUAAGUAAUUUUUUAACCUUUUUAAAGUUGAGAAAGAUAUCUCCGUUGUGGCUGUAGAAACUAGUCACAUGGUAAAAAAGUAUUUUGAUGUUGGGAAAAGUUGAUCGCAGUGUUCAAAUGCUUUAACUGCAAUUUGUAGAUCGUUUGAAAUUUUAGCCCACUGAUUUUUCCACAAAUUUAUUUCUGCUUUCAAUUCUAAAUCCGAACCCUUAAUAUCUUCAUAAUAACAUUUGGCAGAUUCAUAGAAACAUGCCGGGCCUUCUAAAAAUACAUGAAUGCACUGUGUACGUAUAGUAUUUGUUUUAACCAUACGGCAAUAUAGCACCCUAGCACCCUCCUCUGGAUCCUCGCCUGUAUACGUGUUAUUUUUUGUUUUUAUACGAUUAUGUAGUUUAAUACACGAAUUUUGACGAAAAAUGAAAUUAUCGCGUUUUUGCACACAGCUCUUCGUACCAUAAUUCCGCCGUACGCAAUAAUACAAUAUUGUAUAGAUAAUGUUUUAUGCGUCCGUCGCCAUGGCCACUUUAUGGCGGUGGACCGGGCUGGAAACGUUCGCAGCAAAAAGGACGUGUGGUGGUAGCAAAACUGCCGACUGUUGUAGGGCGUCCUCGCUGUUGGCCGUCUACGCGGCGGCCGUUUAUGCGGUGUACGCGUACAUGUUCGCAGUGUUCGCGUCCGACAGGAUGCGCAAGGCGUACAGGCUGUCCCUCGAGGGCACGGGCAGUACGCUGCAGAUCCAGUUGAUCCAGGACACGAGCUCGGCAUUGUUGUUCGUCGGAUCCACGACGGUUUACUGGUGCGUAGCCGCGUACCGUCGUGAACAGAUACGCUUGUACGACGAACAGACCAUCGUCGAGCGUCUGUUGUUCGGUACCACUGGCCAACGGACACCGCCACCAUACAACCACACGGUGGACGCGUGCUGUUGGGCGUUGUACGCUCUGCUGGCUAUCGUCCUGUGGCUAGACGAGUAUGCCUACACGGUGCCCUAUACGCACGCGGCCGUGCACGCUUGGGGCCAUUACGUACUGCUCACCGGCACUGUUCAGUUCGCCGUCACCGUGUUCGCGUUGAGGGGUUGUUACUGCGAGCUGAACGGUCGGAUGCGAGCCGACGGCGCGCGCGGCACGUCCCGCCGCCGUGACGUUUUAUUGGACUUUGGUGAUCGUUACGAGGGUGGCGGAGCCGGAAGUGAUGACUCUCGGCCUGUCGCUGAUGACGAUCCGAAAACGUCAACGGAGUCAUCUGCGGUGACGUCGAACGACCCACGACUACUCCAAAACGUUAUAUUCAUCGGCGGUAAAGACGCGUCACACGAUUCAAAAAUACAUAAAUUUCAUAGACACUAUCGAUAAUUUUGAUAUUAUUCAAUUUUUUAUUUUGAUGUUUGACAAGGGGAGAGGGCUCAUGUAGUAUACAAGUAUACAAUUUUCGGAUAGAUCAGUGAAAACGGUGAAAACACUGAAACUCCUAGGGACCGAAUAAAAUGUCUGUUUAUUAAAGGUUAAAUAUUUUUUCGUGGCUAGAUUUAUUAUAAUUUUUAAAUAUUCGUACAAUUUGUAUACACGAACACGUUGUGCAUACAAAAUGUGUUUAAGCGGCUGAAGUAACUACGCAAUUAUUAUUAUAACAUAGAUAUCCUAUAUAACAUCCUUCUAUUUUAUUUUUACGAGAGACCGAAAAUCAAAUUAUUCAAAUUUAUUUAGGUACUUACCUACUGCAACGCAGCAUAUUGACCUGGUUAUGUAUACAUAAACCGAUUCUCGAAGGACAAAAAACAAACAACAUUUAGCCUAGUGGUCCAGGGAAUAUGGUCGUAAUUUUUGAAAACGAUAAUAUUUUUUAAAAAUGCUUAUAUUGUUGAUUGGUUUGAAACUGUUAUAGAAAGCAAGUUGGAAGGGAGGAUAUAUUAUAGAGCAAUUAAAUUUAUACCUGUAGUAUAGUAAACGAAAAACGAUUAUGAGCGGAGUAUUGCUGGUCGUGUUUUUUCCAAUGUCGUCAGAUUAAUCUACAAGAAAUGAACAAAAUUUAUAAAAAUAAUUUCCAAUUUUUCUUGUGUGUUUAGAAAAAAAAUGACUCCCAAUGCACCGACUAGAUUAAAAAUGUCAUAAAAAAGUCCUUAUAAAUUUUUGAUUGGAACAAGAUUUUUGGGAGACAAGUUAUUACAGACGCAUAAAAAAACACAUCGUAUAGUGAAACCGUUAUAUUUAACGCUUCGCUCAGAAUUUAAUACUCGUCUACGACGUCACGAGUAUUCAGUAUUGUUCUAAUGUUCACCACUCGAAGCCGGAUUUUAGGGGGCAGGGGGGAAUCUGCCCCCCCCUGGCACAAAAAAGGCACAAUUUUUUUUUAAAGAAUGUCCUAUUUAGAGAAUACUAUUAGCGAUUACGAUAAAGUACUUACUCGGCACGCGCACUCGCAUACGCGUUUCCACAAAUUUACUCAUAUCCGAAUUUAUUACAAGUAAUAUCUACGGGUCACAGUGUCUAUUUAUACAAUAUUGUACACGUAAUAAUUUAAAUAAAAUUAUUAAAUUACUGUGGAGCGUAGAUAAUAUUUCCACCGACAACCGCGAGCGAUAAGGCUUCCAUACACUACGAAUAUUACGAUAAAACGAAAAAACGACGGUUUACAUGUCGUGUUAAAAUCAAGACUCGACAAAAAUAAAAUCCGUCGUGUUUCGUCGUCGGGAUUUGCCCAUAAACUUUUGUUUUGACGGUUGUUUUAUCGUGACGAUGAAAACCGUCGUUUUUUAUCGUAGUGUAUAGGGGCGUUAUUCAAACGUACCUAUAAAAAUAGAUUAGUUUAUCUAUUGUACGCGAUAAACGCGGUACGAGCAAACAAUUAAAUUCGUUCGAAUCGGCCACUUGGUUAGAAAAUCAUAUUGUUUUUUUCGGUGAUAUAGAAAAACGAUUUUAUUCAAGAAGCAGUGCGAUUGAGUUUUACGUAAUGAAUUCUAUUUUCCCCAAAUCAGAUGAGUCAAACUAAGCUAAAUUAAUACACACAAUUUAUUGACUAUUCUGAGAAACAAAGUUGGAUAGUUUAAUUCCUAAUAUUUGAAUUACAUUGUGAUUGUACUAUACUAUGCCAAUAUCUAAUGAUGUGCCGGCGAAAGAUCGUUUUCGGGCUUAAAAACAGUCAAAAACUAUUUGCGAUCUACUCUUUCAAAAGAAAAAUUUGAUUAAUUUUCUGUUCUUAAUAUUGAACCUAUUUCAUGGGAUGAAUGUAUCGACCAAUUCGCUAAAUAGAUCAUCAAGAAAGCAUUUUUAUAAAAAUAAUAUAACUAACAAAAAUAAAAUAAUGUACUUACGUAAUUUACCCAGUAUUUUAUAUAAUAGUUUUAAUUAAUUUAACUUCAAUUUUAAUCAUGUUUACAAAAUUUAAAAUAUUGUUAUUUGUAUAAAUUUAUCUAUCUACGUUUUUAUUGUAGCAUUUAUAUUGUUUAUUAGUUUAUAUUAAAAAGAUUGAUAACAUAUUAUUUCAUUCUUUUUCUUAUGACUUAAGGUUGAACAAUUUUUGGGAGGGGGAAGGGGCUCUAUACUAUUCCAUUUACCUUCUAUUAGAGAAUAAAAUUAAUAAAUAUCAAAUUAUAGUAAAAAAAAAUUCAUGUAUAUAAAAAAAAGUUCUGAAUCUUAAGGAGGUUUAAACAUACCUAUGCCCUGGGGCGUACAAUUUCUUAAUCCAGCCCUGGACUCAUCGCUUUUAAAUUAGGUAGGUACCUAUAUGUAAAACUCGUAAAACUGAUAUAGGUAUCAUAUGUUGUAUUACCCGAAAAAAUUGUUCGUUAUUUAUUCAGAAUUUAUAACAGACAAAAUCAUGAACUUGGUUAUCUUUGAGAUCUUUGAUUGUAUGUGUGCAAGUUAAUUCAGUGACAUGCGGAGGGGGCGGUUAGGGGUUAUAUCCCCCCAAUGGCUUGAAAUAUAAAAAUAACUAAAUAUGAGUAAUCUAAUAAUUAAUAAUAAUAUAUUUCAACCAUGUUACGAGGAAAAAUUAGCCUUUUUUAGGAUCAGGCUUUUAAAUUACCAAUUCCCACUAUAAAUUUGGGUAGAGAAGACGAAUUUAUGAUUCUUAUUUGCUACAUCCCCUCACAUUGAUAAUUCCUGAGCAUGCCACUGAGUUAAAUACUAACAUGUCGAACAGUGGUUAAAUUUAGCCAUCACAUGUCGAGCCACUAGAUCACAAAUGAUAUUUAAUCAUUUAAAUAGUGUACUUACUUACAUAUUUUAUUUUAGAUAUGCAUUAUUUAUUUAUUUCACUCAUCCCCAGUGGUGGAUUUAGGAUUAUUUUUUUUGAAGGAAGAGGGUCAAAGUUGCUUAAAAUAAUAUUAAUUUAGACAGUAGGAUAAUGCAAAUCCAUCACUAUCAUUCAAACAUCAUAUAUAAUCGGACACUAUACAAAAUACAUAACUGUAUAAAUGUUUUGAUAAAAUCGACUAGGCGGGUAGGCUAGAAUUAAAACUCUUCAUGUCCAAUAAUCACAAUUCAGAAAACAAAAAAACUGAGAAAGGGUUUUUCUGUAGGGUAAAAAAAUCCAAAAUGAAUUUCUCUUAUAAAAUUUAGGCUAAACAAUUCAAAGCUGCUACGAAAAAUUAAGAUUGUAAUCAUAAUUUAUAUUUAUUUUUUUUUUGAGGUAGAAGUUGGGAAAUUAAUUUUGACUUUUGAAUUUAUGGUACGAGACAUCUGAGUUUUAAAAACAGUUGAAAUAAAAUAUGUGAGUUUUCAUACUAUAGACCAUAUUGUGAUUUUUGACACAUGUUAAGUAACAAACAUGACCAAUUGGACUUGUUAGUUUUGAGUGUUUUGACAUGAAUCCUUACUUUCCGAUUACAUUUUAGACCUGUUUUUGGGUGUUUAUAUGAACGUUUGGAAUUGGAUUCACCAAUUUAAAACAGAGUUAACUUACUGGUAUUUUAAUUUUAUGGAAUUUGUGAGUUUUGAUUCUAGCCUAAUAAUGUACGGUUAGUUAAAUAAUAUAAUAAUUUAUUCAGUAUUUUUAUUCUGUUCGUAUACAGCAGUGGUACUGGACAAAGAAAAAUCGCUUACGAUGUUGAAAUAUUUUACCGAUUUGCAUUGGUCGAUCACACAACUCGUAUGCAGAAUCAACGACUUGUUUAAAUUCCGUUUGUUCGUAUUCUUUCUGUGUGGCUUACUGCAUUUGAUGUUUACGCCAUAUCUGUUGUCAUUGACCAUAUUGAACGAGGAUAUAGACAUCUUGCCUCACAUAAUCGAACGCACUUUAUGGUUCGUCAUUCAUAUAUUCCGUGUGUUUUUGAUGAUAUACCCGUGCGCUCUAUUGGGCGAAGAGGUAAAUUCAUUUGAAAAUCAUUUAAACGAUUAAAAAAAAAGUUUUUACUUAUAUAUUUAAGUCUGUGCAGGAAAUUAUUAAAUUUUAUUAGUACCUAUGCCAAAUAAUAUUAUAUACCUACUCUAACGGUCCGUAUCUUAUAUUUUAUCUUUUUACUCGCAGGCUGCUAAAACGCAAAUAUUACUAGGAAGUUAUUUGAAUACUACAAUGGAUUGCGUAGACAUAAAAAAAGUAAGAAUGCAAUUUAUCAUAUAUUAAGCAAACAUACUACCAAAUCAUAUCAACACAUAAACUCUAUAUCGUUUAAAAUAUAUUGGAAAUGGCUGAUGAAAUAAAUAAUUGGUUAUAGGUAUCUAUAUCUUCGUUUUUAAUAUUUUAGGAAGUUUAAGUCAGGGCUAUCUCUAUAGGAGAGGCGAGUGGGGCCCCUCGCGUUCAUCACGGUUGGACAGUCUCAGCGAUUUUUUAGAUACAAUAAAACAAUUAAAUUAAAAAAUCAGGCAAUUGAAAAAUAGGUGUAUUUGAAGUAGUUAAGGACCCCAUCACUUCACUCUAAUUUGUUCACUGUCAAAUCCGUUUAAUAUACAUUCUGUAGGAAAACACAUGAUGUUUUAGUCCCCACAAUUUAUGUCUACUCCGAGUCCCGCAAAUUGUCAGUACGUUUAGAUUCAAUUAAAUAUGAUUAUAUAAUAAGGUUCAAUUUUACAAUAAUUUAAAACUUGAAUAAUAUUUAUCUAUAAAAUUGUGCAAAAAAAAAAAAAACCGUUAUUAAUAUUUUAGUUAUUACAUAAUUAGUUACAAAUCAAAUUUAUAUUAAUCUUUGAAUUAAAAAUAAUUGGUUAUCAGAUAUUUGCGCGCGUUCAAAACACCUGGUAGAUGACCGUUGUUCGCCGGAACGAAAGAUCUAUAGUCUAUAUACAAUUAAAUAGGCCCUUGCUGGAAAAAAAAAAGGCUUUAUAAGCGACUAUAUCUUUGUUCCCAGGGAAAAGAGACUUAAGUCAGUUUUCGAUAUUUUUUUUUAUAAUUGUGAUUUAUGUAUGCCAUUUUUUCUUUUUUAUUUGUAAUGUCAAAAUGGUAUAAGUAUGUGUAUAUUCUAAUACAUGUUAUAAGUACUGAAAAUUAAAAUAUCUUAAAUUCUUAAGGCACUAUGACUUAUAUACUUUUUGUCCAGUAAAUUAGACAUAAGUCAUGUAAGCAAUUAAGGUUUGUAUUGAAAAUUAUAUAAAAUUACUUAACGACCUUUCUUCCUUUUGACCAAAGACAUAAACGUAGGUAAGAGGUAAAAGGUUUGAGGUGUUCGACCCUCGCCUAAAUUAUGAACACCUAAUGGAGUACAAAUAAGACUUUUAAAUACAAUUCACUAAUAUUAAUUUUAGAUUCUGAGCGGAGUGAAGAAUGAAUUGGUUUUACAUUGAUGAUUAUUUUUAUUUUUAUUAUUUUUUGAAAUUUUACUCCAAUUUUCAAGUGUAGCACUUUUUCUGAAAAGAAAUCAGACUGGGUUUGUACUUUAGGGGGAUCAUUACCGGGAUCACCGGUAAAAAACGUCGGAAAAACGAGGAAAUUUACGAAAUGUACUUAUUAUUUUCAAACCGUAAAUAUUACGGCCUUUCAAAACAUGUAUUAUAUAUAACUUCAAUCGGUGCUCAGAAUCGUUUUCCGUUAGCAAUAAUUAGUCUUUACGGACAGAUAUACGUUAAAUCUCCUCUCUACCAUCCCAAAUUUUCACCUACAUCUAUGGCCAACCCAAUGUGCGAAGUAUGUCCGUUUGUUUUUUAAAACAUAAUAAGAUGCUUAUGAAAAAAAAAAAAGAAAACGUAUAUUUUUUACUAAUUUAUUCAUAAUAAGUUAUUAAUUUAUCAUACUUAUAUAAUAGUAUCAAAUAUUAUAAUUUCAUUUUUAUCUUAUAUUAUAUAAUAGUAUUUUAUACUAGUAGAGUAGAAACUCGAUUAACCGUCAACCUUUGUCAUCCGUCAUCAGUCACCGUCUUAUUUCUUCUUAAAAUACGAAAUAUUGUCGUUCAAAAAGCUCAUGCAUUAAAAAGAACAGAAGAAAAUUACGGAUUAUUUUGUUUAGUAUUUUUUAGUAUAGUAUUAUUUUUGUUAUUAUUAUAUAUUAUUAUUAUUUUAUUAUUUUUGCCUACAAAUACAGACGUUGUAAAAUAUAUUAGUUUAUUGGCUUAUUACAAAAUUUCUGUUAACCGUCUAUUCGAUUAACUGUCAGUCACUGGAUCGGAACUAUGGCGGUUAAUCGAGUUUCUAAUUUACUAUAAAGCCAACACUUAAUUUUUUUAUUUUUUCUCAAAAUAAUAGAAAGACUGGACAAAUAUUUUAGAGUCGAUCCACAAAAUUCUGAAAAUUUCGGUAAAAUUGACUACACAACUCGCCUGUAGAUAUGGAUGAUAGGUAUCAUGUCCUUUUUUCAAAUGGUUUUUAGAAGGUCGUCGAUUGGUUUGAAUAUAUAAUAAUAAUAAAUAUUUCGUUUCGAUAAUUCAAACAUAAUAUAAUAAUUAAUAGUGUACUGAAGCUGAUAUAACAAUCAACUAAUCAUACUGUAUUUGAUGUCGAAGUUUACACCAUGCCCCGUAUAAGUUAUCUAUUUAUGGUUUUUCGGCGUUUACACAGUUUGUUUUGAAUCUAAUAGUUCAUCCGAGUUUAUAUGUAUUACAUUUAAACAAAGUUGAAUAUUUCGUUCACAUCUCUCCGAAAAUCACUAAAAACCGUUUUCGCGGGACCAAAUAAUAAAAUAACCAAAAAUCUAUAGUUUGUUCACGAAAAUAUAAACAAAAACAAAAAAAUCCGUGUUUUUUGUCAGUACAUGUAUUAUAAUAUUUGUUAACGCAUCGUUAAACAUCAUUUAAUUUUCAGACUAACGGUUUUAUUAUUAUUUUUUUUUUAAUCGGAUAUUUAUUGUGCAAAUAUAAAUAGUAUGCCUACUUAUUUAAUUGUGGUAACGAAGGAAAAAAGAAUAUUUUACAAAAAAUUGAAUUAUAUAUAAUAAUACCUAACAUAUUUAAUUUAGUUACUUGAUAUUUUUAGUUUUCGUUAAGGAAGGCUGUAUAAGUCCGGAAAAUAUAUGUUUCUUACCUUACCAAUAUUAUUAACUAUUAUACAAUAUAGUUGAGCACAUGUAAUAUGUAGAUGUUUUACGUUUUUGUAUAUGUGUAUGAUAAAAAGCAUAAUACUUUUUUUUAUAGGUAGAAACUUAUGCACAACAGUUGGACGCCAACAAACCGGAAUUUAGUAUUUACAGUAUGUUUGUUAUAGACAGACCACUGGUUAUUACUGUAAGUAUACCUUAA